AUGCCCUGGCAUAGGCAAGCAGUGCCUGUUGCUGCCGGCGCUGGCUGCACAGCGUCCGACGUGGUCCUCGCCCUUCCUGCGUCUCCCCACAGCUGGUCUCCCGAGCAGCUGUACACUGUGGUGUCUGCCGUCGACCAGUAUUCCCAGUUUGUGCCGUGGUGCGCCAAGUCCAGGGUGCUGGUAGACCGGCCCCGCAAGGAUGGGGGCUACAUGGAGGCCGAGCUGGAGGUUGGGUUCCAGGUGUUCAAUGAACGGUACACCAGCAAGGUCACAAUGCAGCGGCCGCACCGCGUCCACAGCAGCGUCGACGACAGCAGCCUGUUUGACCACCUCGAGUCCACCUGGGUGCUGCGCCCGGGGCCGCAGCCGGGCACCACCUGGCUCGUCUUCAAGGUCGAUUUUGCGUUCAGGUCGGCGCUGUACCGCCACGUGGCGGACCUCUUCUUCGACCAGGUGGUGCGGCGCAUGAUGGGGGCCUUUGAGGGGCGCUGCGCGCAGCUCUACGGGCCCUCGACGCUGGCCACAGGCGGGGCUGGUGCCGGCGCGCGGCGGCAGCCAGCCGGCGCGGGCGUGGGGGCUGGCGGUGACCACCUGCCCCACUACCAGCAGCGGCAGCACAUCCAGCAGCAGCAGCAGCAGCAGCAGCAGCAUCAUGCGCGAUCGCAGAUUCUGCAUCAGCAGCCGUACGCGGGCGACCGGCUGGAGCCCCUGGGGCCUCGGGGAGGCGGUGGCGCACCACAGGCGAGGCAGCAGCGGCCGGCGCUUCAGGCACCGCCUAACAGCGGUGUCGAAGGCCCGUGA